AUGACUUGCGAGCAAGCACACCCCGACACACCCCUUCACUCACCAGGCGGUCACUGCAAGAAACGUACUCCCUCCGACCUCCCACCAUCCAUCAUCAACAAAGCACGCGAGACCGUCAAAGAAGCCUUCGAUGCCCACAAACAUGUCCAGUUCGAGCCACCCAAGAAGAUCUUGACGAUGCAAGAACUCGGUUUCGGAGACAGAGGCAUCUCACCAAACGCAGUCUCGGACCCUUUCCCUCUCUUCUCCAAGUCUGCUAUCGAACAAAUGCGAGCGGAGAUUUUCAGUCAACCAGUCCUCGACAAGUAUCAUGUUUCUUCUGUUUUUGCAUCGAAUCAGAUCCGUGGAGCUGGGCCGAGGUUGACCCCUUUCAUCCACAACGCCUGGAACAGUCCUCAAGUCCUCGCGGCGGUUUCUCAAGUCGCUGGUGUGGAUCUCAUUCCUGUUUUCGAAUACGAUACUGGACAUUGCAACGUUUCUGUGAGACCUGAUGGUGAUACAUCUACUCCCCCUCCCUCUUCCCCUCCCCCUCGUGGUACCGAAGCAGAAAAAGACGAGAAAGAAGUGUUCGGAUGGCACGAAGAUUGCUUUCCGUUCGUCUGUGUGGUCAUGUUGAGUGAUUGCUCGGAGAUGGUGGGAGGAGAAACGAUGCUGAAGACUGGAAAUGGAGAGCUUUUGAAAGUGAGGGGGCCGUCGAAGGGCACUGCAGUAGUAAUGCAAGGCCGCUACAUUCCCCAUGCCGCCCUCGCCGCCCAUGGCGGUCGUGAACGCAUCGCCAUGGUCACAUCCUUCCGACCUCGCGAUCCUCACGCCAAAGACGAUUCUUUCCUCGGUGGCGUGAGGAGAAUCAGCCACGUUCCAACUGUCUACCAGCAGUAUGCGGAGUAUCGGCUGGAGAAUUUGGAGGAGAGACUUCGGCGUGAAUUGAAGAAGGUGAGGAUGGAGGGAAAGGCUGUAGGGGCGGUGGAGUUUGAUUACAAGAGGACGAGGGCAUGGUUGGAGGAGCAGAGGGAUUUUAUUGGAGUCAUGAUUGAGGAGUUGAAGGAUGAGAAGUGUUGUUGA